AUGGAGUCGAGAGCACAUCCCAGACACCGAGUCCUGCAGAACAUUCGGCAAAAUCUAGCUGCGCACAGGGAUCAAGAACCAGGUGACGAUACUCCUGCUCUGGUAUCGCCAGGCCAGGUCAGAUUGAACUCAUACUUUUCACCGAGUCUGAAAGCUGGUUUGCACACAAUCACAGUCGAUCAGACGAUCAAGGCGCCUUUUUCCGCCCCAGGCUCGGACCCAAACCAUGCCUUGACCUUACACAGCACGCAGGAUUUCGAGGUCUAUGGAAUACAGUAUGCUCUGCCCUCCGGAGCUGUUCACCAGACAUAUCCUCCGCAAGGGCAUGCUGAUCACAGUGGGGUCCUGCCUCAUAUCGUGUUCAGUGAGGCCCAUCUCCCCUGGGAGCGGGGAGUGACCGGAUUUGAGGGACCGCCAGGUCCCAACUUAAGAAACAGCGUCCCAUGGCUGGCGUUGCUUGUCUUCACAGAAGAUGAGCUGACGAUCACGCAAGACGAGUUGGCUUCGAUCGGGAAGGGUGGUCCCAUGCCGAAAGGCAUCACGGAACUUACACAAUCCAAGCUGACAAUGGACGUCAAGAUGUCCAUGACACAGAUGUUAAAUGUACAACAUCUGCCUGACUUCCAAAGUCCAGUGAGGGAGAAUGACCCUGAUACGGAAUCGGCGAGGAUGAUAUUCCUCCGAGGUGAUCUGUUCCAGGGACUGUUCUGCAGUUAUGAUGCAAACUACCAGCGCAUUUUGCCUACUGGUGCAACGAAUCAAAAACCGGAUCUCUCUCGGUACAAAUACAUGGCGCAUGUGCGAAAUAUCAACACAAGCAAAAUGGCCGAUACUGGCAUAAUCGAUGACCAAGGAGUCUAUAGCGUGGUGAUCAGCCAUCGAGCAGGUCCCCAGAACGGGCCACAAAGGGUUAUUAAGACCCCAGAACCAUCAGGGCCCCCGGUCGAAAACACCACACAUGUCGUCCUGCCGCAAUCAGCGAUUGUCCACUUGGUCUCCCUCGAAGGAGUUGAGGAUUAUCUGACCUUGAACAUGACUGAUCCCCCAAACACGCGAAUCGGUCUCGUUUCUCUUUACUCCUGGAGCUACACUGUACUCCCUCCGGACAGUAUUAAUUUCUUGGACGCAAUGCGGAAAGUUGGGCACCAAAUCCCAGAUACAGCGGCGUUGCGUGCGCCAGACUUCGCAUUGGACCGACUCCUUGUGGCGCAGUCGACCGACCCGGAAAAGGCAAAAAAUAUCAGAAAACGCCUCUACGAUCGAGUCCGCGACGGCUACAGUCUUGUACGCUAUCUUCCCAAAACUGGUGAGAAAACGGCGGCUUUUAGCCGUGGUCCACUCACCCCCACGUUGCCCAAGCACCCGCUGAGUGCGGACUGGCCUUCUCAGAGCAACUUCUCCACCAACCUACAGAUCGUAGAUUCGCAUCUCGGAAUGACGGAUCUCACCUACUCCACCGCAUGGGAACUGGGACGAACGCUGGCGAUUGCCGACAAGGGCUUUGCAGCGGCCCUCAAUAGGAUUCGACAUGCCAUCAACAUCUAUGCCAUUCCCGAGACGAAGAAAACCUUGGCCGGGGAUAAUUUUAGCAGCAGGGCCGAUGCCUUGGCCUCGUUCAAGCAAACGGUUGCUCUGAUGAACAGAAUUCCCAGUGAGCUUGCUUCCAGCGGACGAACAGCGGAUCCUGCCCGACGGUGGCAGACUCCAAGGCCUCAAUACGAGGAUCUUCCUUUGACGUCCGUUCGGCGUGAUCCUGACGCUCGACGUCUCUACGUCUCCAAUGUCCGUGCUGCCAGUGAGACCGUGGCGUCAUCCAGGGCCAGUUCCUCUGAGCCCACCGCGAAGGUCUUGCCCUAUAACGAGAUCAAUGUGCCAAACUCAACCGACUGGAGUACCAUUUUGAAAUGGAUUGUCGACAAAAUGUAUCUCUACAAUAUCCCAGCUCAUUAUCUCAUCACGGAUCCAAUCAAUUUGCCGAUUGAAUCCAUCCGCUUUUUCUAUAUCGACCCCAAUUGGAUCGACGCCCUCAUCGAUGGUGCAUUGAGCACUGGCAAUCACCUGGAGCAAAAGGACGAUGCCGUCCGACAAGCACUGAAAUAUCAGCUCAACCAGUACUUUUCACACAACAUCGAUGACAAGGACCACCCGUUCCUCCCUCAGACACCCACAUAUGGAUUCUUUCUCCGAAGCUCUGUCGUACAAGCUUUUCCAAAUCUUGAAGUCCACGCCCCCUGGCCUGACGCAGCGGACCCUCGCUCGGAGACGCUGCGGCUCGACCUCCUUGGGCAGGAUGUAUUGAUAUGCUUAUUGGACCGCUUGCCAGGUUCUCAGGAUCUUUCAGAGAUCAUCAUUUCCCAACCCCCACACCAGCAGCGGUACGUCAUGGGCAAGAACUUCGGUCGAAACAGCAACACGGACUUUCCCGGAGAAAACGAAGUGGAAUUCGAGUUCCGCCGUGUCUACACCACCACCGAUCCGCCGGCAGUUGACCGAUGGAUUGCACUAGACACGCGAACCUGGACCGAGCGACGGGGCGAAACCAAGGGAACGCCCUUGGCCAAGCCCAACCCAAGCAGGAUCUUCGACUUCGACACCAAUGUGAUCGUUUUGCCUGGCUUCGCAGAGGCGUGCACAAACAUCUUGACCCAGGAGAUGGGCAGCAACUUCACAGACACAGGAACAAGUUCGGCCUUGGUGGGUAUCCAACUCGCGGACAGUAUCAGCACGUUAAAUAUUACCGUGCCGUCAGAUCAGUCAGGCAUGAGGAGGCCGGAUAUUGUGUAUGACAAGGAUGGAAAACCGAUCUCGCGACCUGCGCCGAGAUUCAUUCCCUUGCCGCCGCUUCCCUCAGCUCCGUCUCUGACAGCGAGUUCGGCAACCGGGAGAAGCGUCAGAGCAGUACAUUCUGCAACACCAUAUGAGACUACGGAGACGACCAUCCCUGCGGGCGAUUCUCCGACUGCCGUUGUUGAAAGCUCGCUGAGCCGCCACACGCCGAUCAAGGCAGAGAAACGCCAUACUGUCCCCAUUGAACCACCACCCCACAAUACACGGAAGGUGCUCCCUAUCUCAGCAGACACCCUCAGACGUCGAACAGGAGCCGUUCACAGCUCAGGGGUUGUGUUUGCCUCUGCCUCAAUCCCAGGCCGCUUCGGAGGUCUUGUAUUUCCGCUUGGCACAGCAGGAUCGAGCAACACGAUCGUUCCAGUCACCUCGACUACCGGAGGGGGGUCGAUUCCAAUAGAUAUAAUCUUCUCCUUCCUACCAAACCAAAACAGCAUGAAGAAUCUACAAAUCCACAAAGUCGUCAUUUCGAUUCCCCUCGGCACAGGAGAAGAACAUUUGGCGGAAUCCUAUGACGUGAUUUUCGGCGCUGGAGCCCGUAUGCUCAGUAACCAGCGGUUUAACCCGCACUUGGAAAGGUACUCCGGCCCGGAUGUGGCGAAACCGGGCAAGAACGUGGAUCUGCUGGUUGUGACGCUCGUGCCUCGGAGUACGAGCCAGUUGGUUCCGUUGGAAAAGAAUCCGGAUAUCAGCUUCGUGUUGAAUCAGGUGCAGGUUAAUGGCCUGGAGGGAGAUGUGACGGUCGAAGUGAGGGAGAGUUACAUGGAGAAUACGCCGCGGGGGUUGGAGGACCGGGCGACAGGGAGUAGUCAGGUUAUGAUACGGAAGAGGAAGAUCAGUUAG